AACGGUAAAGAAAUCGGACGUGUAAAACGGAAAAAACGUUUAAAUAUUUAAAAAAAAAAAAAAUAAAUAAAAUAAUAAUAAUUCUAAAACACAAAACAAUUUGAGAAAACAAUAGAAAAUAAAUAUAACAAUUUUUUUGUGUUGAUUAAGAAGAGCAAUCAAAUUCAAACUAAAUGACCAAUAAAAUCGAACGUACUCGUAUUCGUAUAUUGAAAUGUAUGUGUUUAUGAUGUCAGAAUAAAACAUUGAGAAAACAUUUUGUGUAUGAGAGAAAAUAUUUGCAAAUAAAAUAUUAAUAAAAUGUGUAAGAAAAACCUUUAAAUGUGUUGCAGCAACAAUUUGAAAAUUAAAAAAAAAUAAUUCAAAUAAAAGCAUGUAAUGAGAAAAUUAUUAACAAAACGUAAGAGAGAAAGAUAAAAAACCAAAAUAUUAACAAAAAUAAAUAAAAAAAAAUAAAACUAUCAAAUCAAGUGUGUGUUAAAAUUUAUGUUAAACAAAUUAAUACGUAUCCAGUGUUGCAACAAUGUAUUUGGACGUCAUUUAUUCGUUGUGUUUCUUAAUACAAAUGCAGCAGCAGCUGCAGCAACAUUGAACAGAGUAAAAUAGCAAAACAAAACAAAAUUAAGUUUUUACUUUCAACAUUUUUUUUUUGCUGUUGUUUGUUUUGUGGCAUUCCACCACUAUUCAUCAUCAUCAUCAUCGUCAUACAAUCCACAAUUUUUCUAAAGAAACCAAGUUUUCUUAAUAAAUCUCUACAACACCUUCUCUGCGUAUGAGCUGAGGAGAGCUCGAUAGAGAGAGGCUACAUCGACAAAAACAAUAAAGAAUAAUAAAUUAUUAACAUAAAUCAACAAUUCAUAAGACUGUCAAAUGAACUUGCCUCCCUUAAUAACCCAUUCCACGACCUCAGAUAAUAAUAUUAACAAACAUAAUAUUAUUGUAAGUUAUAAUAACAGCGAACAUAAUUAAUUUAAUUUAUUGGUUUGAGAAGACAAACUACAAGCACAAAGAAACACCAACAAUAUGGCAACAAUGCCAGUCGUUUGGUGCACCGAUCCUAAUUCGGUCAACAACAAACCCACAGCAUUCGCCCUACAUGGCAUUCAGUUGCAGGGCAAUGUCACCGAGAAACAAGUCUUAGCUUUGCGAGAAUUGGUUAAUGCAGCCGCCGAGGGCCGCUUAAUUCUUCCCUCAGAUGGCACAUUUAUGCUGCUUGAUAGUGGCAUAAGCAUUGAAAGCUCUAUUGUUAACAAUGUUAGUAGUGUAACGACCCCUACAACAACCACAACAACAACAUUGACUACAAUACCAAACACAACAGCAACAACAUCGACGACAUCAAUGCUAACGGAUGGUGGCGGCAACAAGGAAAAUAUUGAUCAAAAUCGAGACCGAACUCAAAGUAGCGAAACGAAUAGUGGUAGUGGUGUUCAUCAUCGACAUUUGAAAAACACCUAUAUUCUAAUGCCGGUUACAACGACGGCACAGAAAAAUGCCAACGCCUGCUUGCCAACAUUAACACCACCCACCUCAAUGUCUACUACUCCCACAUUCGAGUUGGAAGGUCCUCCGAAUUUCGAAUUGGAACCAAAAUAUUCUACCUUUACGCCGCCGGCGUCCGCAACAGAAGACGACGUUGUCCUCUAUGAAUUCUUGUGUUGUGCCAAAUGCAUGAAUGAUCCCAAUACUUCACGUUGUUCCAGGAAUACAGCAGCAAUUUCACAGCACCGCAAAUCGCAGUCGCAACAAAUGUUACAGCGUUUGUUAAAAUCAUGCGAACGUUCCUCCUCGAUACGUCAGGGAGGAGAACCUUGCAAUGCAUCUGUUCGCAAAGUCAACGAACCGCAUCAGCUGUAUGAUCCGAUGUAUAAUAUUGCCAAUAAGUACACGCGUCGAUAUCAACGCAAACACUGCAAUAUGUCUGCCGCUACUAUUGCACGUAAUCGUCAUCACAGUAAUCGUCACAAAUUACCAAUGCAAAGUGUGAAAAUCUUUCACAAUCGCAACCACGCGUGCAGUAAUGGAGGUGGAGGUAAUAGCGCUGGUAGUUGUGGUGCCAGUGCCAGUGGCGGUGGCGAUUUCUGCGGUGGUGUUUUAACAAAAUCCACCACCACUAUGAUGACGAGCGGUGUUGUUAGUGGUAGCAUUAAUGGUAACAGGCACAGUCACUGUUACUGUAGCGGCAAUAGUAUUAGUGACUGUUGUGGUAAAGCAGCAACAGUUAUGGCAAACAUACCAUUAGUAGUCAAUCAGCAAUCGUCGUUAACGCCUGCACUACAGCUGCCUCUGUAUGCAACGGUUAAUAAAACUAACGGUAAAACGAAAAUGACGAUGGAAUUGAGUGCGUCCAAACAGCCCACCACCGCAAAGGUGGUCACGGUUAGCGCAAUCGUUCAUGAACCUCCGCUAAGUCAAAAGGCCGGUCAGCGGGAGAGGUUCCCCGAAGCAGCAGAGAAUACAGUUCGCCAACGCAAACUGGGUGCCGUGCACGGCGGCCUACAGGAUACAGUUCAAAUUGAGCUGGACAGUUUCGUUCAGAAAUUGCAAAACUCCCAUAAUCAGCAAACAAACUGUGAUAUUGUAAUGGACACUUUGCCAGUGGUAAAGGAUUUAAUUAGUUUCGAUGAUGACGACGAAGAUGCUGACAAAAUUUUAAUGUCCAAUACUUGUGAUACUAAUAGUCAAAUGGUAGAUUUACUCUCGCAACCUAAUGUCGAUUUACCUACCGUGGCAGAGGAAGAAACCGAUGUUUCUGAAGACUUGGUAGAACAUUUACCCGCCAACAAAUCACCUCCUCCAGCACGUAGCAAUGCAUCGAGUCGAAAGACUAGUUUCGAUUCUACCUGCACCAUUAGUUCAAUGGAUUCUGGUUUUAUUGAAAUGCAAAAUAAACUGGAAAAUCCACAGCAAUCAGCAUCGGUCAAUCAUCCAACAUUGGCCAGCAUUUUCACUGGUCUGGCUUUGGCUAAUCCCUCAAAUGUGUCAACACGUGACGAUGCUAGAAGCCAUGCACAAGGAGGUGAAAAAAUUGCCCGUCUCAACUAUAAGGAGUGCUUAACACAGUCGCGCAAUCGUCGUAAAUCUUAUGAAGAAUUUAAAGCCAUGUUUGCCAACACAAACUUGGAAUCGUCGACAUCGUCUUCACCAUCAACAUGUCCAGUAGUAGAUACUGGUAUGGCAAAUGAGACUAAAAUAAAUAUAAGACGCAAAACCUAUCAAGAUCUUAGAAAAGUAUACGACAAUAGCAAAGACAUGCACUGUGACUCUCUUAGCCAGCAGACGGUCGCAAGUAGUAACCAUCAGCAGCAACAGCAACAGCAAAACAACCAAACGGAAAUAACAACAGCAGCAGCAACCACAACAACAACCCUGAAUGGCUUAGAAUCAAUAUCAGAACUAGAAUGUGCGACAACGAUGGCUCUAGCGUUAGCUCCAGCUUCGGCCAAAAUGACGUUAGACAUAGACAACAAAGUUGGACCAACAACACUUGUAGAUUUAAACGCUGUUCGUAGUGUUGGUGGCGUUGUUGAUAUUGGUGCUGAUGUUGUUGUUGUUGUUGACGGUAGUAAUAAACCGGCUUUUCCAAACGAGUUUGCUGUUAAUACCGUACCAGGUACUACAAAUGAAAUGGAUACUGCUACACAGUGUGCUGAUAGCAGUAGUAGUAGUGUUGGUGGUGGUGGUAAUGGUAAUGAUGAUGGUGUUGUUGAUAAUAAUGAUAAUGACAAAACGAAUACAUGUUGUCGUCUAGCAUUGAACGAAGCGGACAAAACUAGCAACUGUGAGACUAACAACCAAAUCGAUUGCAAUCACACCAUCAACGCUGCCACCACAGAUAUUUUACGUAAAAAUUCCGAUUUUCUAUCGAAAAUUCUCGAUCGUCAGUUAAUGACCAAAGAAAAAGAAAAAGCACACAUGCGUCGUAAAUCAUAUGAGGAAUUUAAGCGACUGGUGCGCGAAAGUGAAAUGGACACUGAUAAGCCAUCUGCUGCAAGUACUGAUGCAUCAGUCUCCGCAACAACUCCCUUCAAACGACAAAAUUCAAAGCAGCGCAAAAGUUAUGCUUCGUUUUUGUUGAUGCGACGAAACUCCAAUUCAAAAGAUCAAAACAAUGAACGAGUUAAAAAAUUAAUACCAGCGAACGAUACAAAGAACGAUGGCAAUAAAGUGAAGUUGGAAUUACAACAAGUUACCGGUCAAAUGCCGGAAUCCAGUGGAAGUGCUGGCACCAACAAUUACCGACACAAUUUCAAAAUCUACGAUAAGCUGGUGUACGGCACCAUCUACGAUAUUAUACAGCGUAAAAACGAUAUUUAUAAUUUAACAUGCCAACGAUACGACAAAUAUAUGACCUAUGGCACUAUCUACGAAAUACUUCAUCGCAAAUCAUCCCAGCCGUCGCCGCUAACCUCUUCCAAUAGCUACAGCGGUUGCAACAGCGAAAAACUAUUUCAACGGAAAAGUUUAUCAGCUAUUUUGGAGAGGGAUUGUUUCUUUUCCACAGAGAAAGGCAAUAAAAACGAUUUGGAGAAAAUCAAGAAAUCUGGCAUGAUUUAUGACAUCAUACAAAAACAGCAUCAGCAACAGCAGCAUCAACAAUUGGAGUUGAACACAACACACACUACCAAUAAGGAUGUAGCCAAAACACAAGAAGUUGACGAUAAGAAUCAAGUAUUGAAUUCAGUAACAACGAAUUCAAUUCCAACAAUUGAUGCUAAUGUCGCGGAUAAGGAAAAUGUUUUAAAUGUUGUGACCACAAAUGUUGCCUACAAAUAUGGCACCAUAUAUGACAUCUUACAAGGAGAGAAAUUGGAUGCCAAUGGCGAAGCUGCAACCAUAAAAACACAGCAACUGCCACUGAAGUGUCUUGUUAACAAUCGUUUUGUCGUGAGUAAAAUCGACGAACCAUUGAAGGUGAUUGAAACUAAGAAGAAUAGCAAUGAAGCACGUACGCCGGAGCAGAAUGAAGAGAAGGGAGUGGAUGCUAAAAAUGUACUACUUAAAGCUACAAAGCCAAAUAAAAUGAGAAGACUGUCUAAUAUGUUAAACUACAAGGGAGGCGAAAGCAAAUCGUCACCAUCAUUAUCAACUGAUAAACCAAACAAUGCAAGCGCGAACAACGAACAUUUAGAGAACAUGAGAGAACAAUCCAAAGAGUUAAUACUACAUUCAAAUCUAAUUCCAGUCGACAGUGAAGAAUUAUAUUCUCGCAUAGUUGCAAAAAAUCGAGAAAACGCUGGUGCUGUUGGACGAAGCCCCAUACAAAAAUCGAACUCUCUAGAUGCAAUAUCAACCUCGGUAAUAAUUUCUCCGCCGGCCUCACCUUCGCCGCCACGACCUCGUCGGAGUCUGAAGCAACACAACUGUUUGCUACGCGACCAACAGAAACCAAAACAAUUGCAGUUGAUUAAAAAACUAUCGCUCGAUAACUCCAUGACUGCUGGAGAUCGAAACAUGACCAAUCAAUCGGCGGGUAGAGACAAAGAAGUUAAACUUCGUCGCUGGUCGAAUCAAAUUCCCCUUAAAUGUAACUGUGAUUUUACGUUCUCAUCGAACAGCAAAGAUAGCUCCUCCACAAAUCGAGAUCAAUGCAAUUCAUGGGAGCUAUCCAUAAGGAUGACAUCGAAUUGCACCUGUCUUGAAACGCUCUCUUCUGCAAACAAUAGUAACAAGAAUAAUCAUAAUAAUUGUAGUAGUAGUGGUGGUGUCAUUGAAACAUUUAGUGCCGAAUUGUCAUCCAAUAACACAUUCUUCUCCCCCUCCUCAUCCGCCCAGUUAGUGUGCAAUACGUGCUCAAUUCAUUCAGACACGCCGUGCCUGUGUUUGGCAAGCAGAAAUACCACAAACUUAAAAACAACAACAACAUCAGCAACAACUACAACGCCAGCUGCGACGUCUAAUGGCAAUAGCAAAACAUCGGCCAAGAAAGGUAAAUCACGGCGGCUAUCGGAAUUUACGCGGGGUGAAUUUUUAAAUGAAAAACCUUGGUACUUCCGUAAAAUUAAACGUAUUGAGGCUGAAAAGAAAUUAUUACUGCCAGAAAAUGAGCAUGGAGCAUUUUUAAUUAGAGACUCUGAGAGUCGUCAUAAUGAUUAUUCACUAUCGGUCCGUGAUGGUGAUACAGUGAAACAUUAUCGCAUUCGACAACUAGACGAAGGUGGUUUCUUUAUAGCAAGACGCACAACAUUCAGAACUCUCCAAGAACUGGUUGAACACUAUUCUAAGGAUUCCGAUGGCCUGUGUGUUAAUUUAUGCAAACCAUGUGUACAGAUUGAAAAACCUGUCACAGAAGGAUUGUCACAUCGAACUCGCGAUCAGUGGGAAAUUGAUAGAACGUCUCUUAAAUUCGUACGUAAAUUGGGUUCUGGACAAUUUGGUGAGGUAUGGGAGGGUCUUUGGAAUAAUACCACAUCGGUGGCUAUAAAGACUCUUAAAUCAGGCACAAUGGAUCCAAAAGACUUUUUAGCUGAAGCUCAAAUUAUGAAAAAACUCCGACACAAUAAACUCAUACAAUUGUAUGCGGUAUGUACCGUUGAAGAACCAAUUUAUAUUAUAACCGAAUUGAUGAAGCACGGCUCUCUACUGGAAUAUUUACAAGCUAUUGCAGGUAAAGGUCGCAGUCUUAAAAUGCCGGUGCUAAUUGAUAUGGCUGCUCAAAUAGCUGCUGGUAUGGCUUAUUUGGAAUCCCAAAAUUACAUUCACAGAGAUUUGGCUGCGCGAAAUGUUUUAGUGGGUGAUAACAAUAUUGUUAAAAUAGCUGAUUUUGGUUUGGCACGACUAAUUAAAGAAGAUGAAUAUGAAGCCCGCGUUGGUGCUCGAUUCCCCAUUAAAUGGACUGCUCCAGAAGCUGCAAACUAUUCUAAGUUUUCCAUUAAAUCAGACGUCUGGAGUUUCGGCAUUUUACUUACUGAAUUAGUAACCUAUGGACGUAUUCCAUAUCCAGGCAUGACGAACGCAGAAGUAUUAACUCAAGUCGAGCAUGGCUAUCGUAUGCCACAGCCGCCAAAUUGCGACCAAAGGCUUUAUGAGAUUAUGUUGGAAUGCUGGCACAAAGAUCCCAUGAGACGACCAACAUUUGAGACUCUACAGUGGAAGUUGGAGGAUUUCUUUACAUCAGACCAGAGUGAUUACAAGGAAGCGCAAGCCUACUGAUAAAUGCUUUAUGCUGCUUCCAAACAACAAGCACCCAAAAAAUCACGAACUACUACCAUAACCACGAUGUCAUCUCCAACAGCAAUAACAAAAGCAAAACUAACUACAUCACCAACUGCAAUGAAUAGUACAGCAACAACAGCUCUAAAGAAAACUUACAAGUGAAAGACUUAUUUUCAUUUUUACAACACGUAUUUCAUAUGCAAUUAAUUUACUAAUCUAAAUGGACAAUUAACUAAGACACAGUUAAAUUUUAUAUAAUUCCAAACUCUAAACUAUUUUAACGGACUACCAAUUAAUCACCACUUAGUAAAGUUAUUGAAAAUAGUUACGAAGAAGAUGAGAACUAAGCAAGAGUUAAAAAAAAUGUUAGUAUUAGUUAUACAUAAAUAGAAAUAUACAAAUUAUGUAUGGAAAACGCUUUUCGAAAACACAAAUAAAACAAUAAGAAUUAUAUAAAAUAGAAAAUCAAAAGCGUUUAUGAAAAUAAUAAUAAUAAUAAGCUAAACAUACACAGAGAACAAAAAAACAAACCGCGUUUAAUAUUUACCAAUCACAUAUAAAUGUAAUAAUUGUAUUUAAAUGAAUGGCAAUUUAUAUAAUUUUGAUUUAAUAAUCAACACACAUGCAUACAUACAUACAAACGUAGAUUUAAAUAUUUUUUUUUAUAUAUAUACGUACAUAAAUAAAUACAUACAUACAAAAUAAUACAUAUGUAUACAUAAAACACAAACAGACAUGCCACGCCCCCUCCCAUUCAUAAAUGUAUGUAAUUCGAUUUUUCGUUAUUGUUUUUUUUUUCAAUUUUUAUUUAAUACAUGUUCUCGUUAGGCAAACUCUUCUUUUUACAUUUAUUUAAUAAUAAAUAAAUAAUUUACAGUAAUAAGAUAACAACUUUCAAAUCUUUUUGUAUUUUUCUUUUUAUGUUUGUUUGUCUUAUUAAAUAUAUAUAAUAAUGUAUUAUUUAUAACUAUACAUAGUAUACAUUUAUACAUACAUUAAUAGUAAUUAAUUAUUAUUAAUUAAUAAAUAUAAAUAUAUUUUCAUUAUAGAGUCACUUUUUUUUCUAAUUAUUAUUAAUAUAUAAUAUACAUAAAUAUAUACAUACAUAAAGCAAAAUACUAUAUUCAUAUACAACAUUCAUCAUUUAUAUAGUAAACGAUAUUCUCAUAUUCAUUUAUAUAUUAGCAAUUUAUUUAAAUUUCAAUUUUGAUAUAAAAUAUAAAUUAAACAAAAUAUUAAAAACAAAUAAAAUCGAUUAAUAAAAGUGUAA